CUGCAAUGGUCCAAGGGCAAGACGAAGACCAGUAGCCGACGUCGUCUGCAGCUCGUCGUCUCCUAUGCUCCCGACUGGAUACUUACGCUGCUUCUUGCCGGUAUGCUGGCUUUCUUGGACACCGCACAUGGCUUCCGUCGAGAGUUCUCCCUCACCGACCCUUCACUUCAACACACCUACGCCGAGCACCAGCGAGUGCCAAUGUGGCUCCUCGUUCUUCUCGCCGUCAUUGUUCCCAUCUGCAUCCAGGCGCUCAUCUCCCUCGUCGUCGCUCGCUCCUUCUGGGACUUUCACGCUUCUCUACUCGGAUUGGUCGUCACGCACGCCCUCACGGUCACCACCACGACAAUUAUCAAGAUUUCCGUUGGUCGUCCGCGCCCUGACCUGAUCGAUCGCUGCCAGCCACGCGCUGGCGCGACGAAUGCUCCGAUUUACGGGCUCGUCACAGACGCCAUCUGCACGAACCCGCUCAACGAGCACCUGGUCUCAGACGGGUUCCGCAGCUUCCCCUCUGGCCAUUCAAGCGCUGCCUUCGCAGGACUGACGUUCCUCUCGCUCUAUCUGGGUGGCAAGUUCCAUCUCUUUGGCAGAAAGGGCCACGCUGGGGUAUCGUGGAUCGUCUGGCUCCCCAUGCUUGGCGCGACGAUGAUCGCCGUCUCUCGCACGAUGGACUACCGACACCACGCCACAGAUGUCAUCGCGGGCGGUAUCCUGGGAGCAGGCGUUGCCGUAGGGACAUACUUCCUUUACUACCCUUCGCUCUGGGACUCGCGCUGUCACAAGCCGUGGGCUCCUCGUGUUCCGCGGUAUCGCUUG